AUGCCGGUGUUAUUCCGUAGCGGGGGCGGGGCGGGAUCCGCCCGUCCCCCCGCACCCAUCGGAUCAUCGCUCAGAUCGAGUACCGGAUCGAGAGAUUUGUUGAAUGUUCAGGCAGAUGGCCGAAAAGGAUCUUCGGCUUCACGGGGAGUCGAUCCAGCGAGAGCCGUGCGCCAACUAAAACAACGAAUCGCUGAAAUCCCAAAACCUCCAGCUGAUUUAAAGCAACGGCUGAAGAGUUUCUACAAGAAACAUCACUUGAAAUAUCUCAAUCCACUUGUUUUCAUUAUGAUCUAUAUGUUUUUUGGCGCACUCUUUUUCCUCUGGCUAGAGGGUUCAUCAGAUGAGCGCCGGAAACUCGACGACUACAAUCAUUUCACAAAAGAGAAAGAGCUCUUCACGCGGCGAAUCGAGGAAAUAAUGGCCGACAAAGCGAUCAAAACAAGAUCGGGAAAACGGAAAUCGAUCAACGAGGCUAUGGAGUAUUUUCAUAAACAAGUCGGCUUCUCGGUGACGAAUCAAACACAUUGGGAUCUCGCGACAGCCAUGUAUUAUGCGGGCACACUUUUCACCACUAUUGGUUACGGUGAUGUGUCUUGUGCAACGACUGCUGGUCGCAUUCUCACUGUCAUCUAUUCAUGUAUUGGAAUCCCAUUAAUGUUGAUCACUUUGAACGAUCUCGGCAAAUUCCUCUACACGAGUAUUAAUGGAUGUGUCAUGAGCAUCGACGACGCAUGGACCUAUUUGGGUGUUUUUCGAAUAUGCAAUCGAAAGAAAAACAAUGUUGACAUUAAAGUCGAUGAGGUGGAAGCAGUGGAAAGAGGAGAGAAUCAGUCAAUAACGAGUAUACACUCCGAAUUGGGAAGUACAAACUCGGAUAGAGAAAAUGACCUGGAUGAACUGUUAGAAGAAGAGGAGGCGAAAACACCGAGAAUGAGUGUAAAGGUCGCCUUGGGCAUCACUGUCGGAUGGAUUUUCUUCUGCUCGGCUCUUUUCCGUUUAUGGGAGGAUUGGACAUAUGGAGAAUCGUGCUAUUUCAUGUUCAUCUCUCUCUCGACAAUCGGACUCGGUGAUAUCUCGGUCGCUCAUCGAGGAAUGAUGGUCCUUUGCUUCGUUUUCGUCAUCGUCGGCCUUUCACUUGUCAGCAUGUGCAUCAACGUUGUUCAGGUAGCAAUCGAGGAGAUGUACAUGGCUUUCCUCAUGAAAUUGAUUAUGGAAUAUCAAGAGAAAAUGGCCGCUGGUGGAGAUCCAAAGGGUGCUAGCAUGGGAAUGAUGCGAAUGUGGGGAAAUAACAAGACCGCCAAGUUGUUGAUGCCACUGCUUGGCAAAGAAAUGAAACGAACGGCUAUGGAAAAGGUUGAAGUCGAGGCACAAAAGAAAGGAAUCGAGAUUCCAUCGAUUCUCAAGGAUGUCGAUCUUGAAACGGGAAUGCCAAAGAUUUUACAAAUUGCUGAACAGACACAUUCGAAGAAAGAUGUGCCUGAUGAGGAAUUCCAAAUGCCGCCCGAGCUCGAGGCAAUGGUCGAAAGACAUAUCGCGGCGGCCGUAUUGGAGCGUCAAGCCUCCGAGAAAUUGAGCCUUCGCUCGCAAAGCUUGUUGGAUGUGGCUGUGGAACCACCGAAGCCCCUUCAUAUGACCCCGUCGAUUGCAUCAAUGUUACUUGGACAUGACGCUGACACGCAAACAGAUAUCUUGCAAACAUUCGAUGAAAGCGAGCAAACAUUGCAAACGAUACUCGACGAUUCGUCGACACAAACGGAAACCACCGAAACAAAACAUGUAUUCAUUGAAAGAGAAAUGCAAACUGAUCAGUUAAUCGGCAUCGUCGUCGAGACUCAAACGACCAUCCGGCAGUACUGCGAGUCAUCCACAUCGACUCCUGUCAUACACACUGUCGAAAACGACAGUCAAACGUCGACGAGUCAAAUGAGAGAACAAGAGAUUCAGACGUACAUUCAUGAAUAUGCUGACGCCGAAACAUCUACUGCGGUGGAAACGAAGAACAUCCGCAUUCAAACCCCUCAUCCACAGAUCAUGGACAAAACGAUACAGUCGGAAGAUCUAUCGGAAGGCAAAUCGCAUUCACCAUCGAAAAUGUCAUCGGCGCGGAAACGAAUCCGACGAGCGCUGCGAAUCACAUCGGCAGCAAGAGGCGGUGGAAGGAGGAACACCCUCGAUCAUACACCGGCGAUGAGUGAUUGGGUUGAGGAUGAGAUCGCCGAGGAAGAUGAGGAGGGCGAGGGCGAAGAAGGCGAAGAGGACGCGGGUUCAGUCGAAUCUCUCCAUUGGGAUCCCGUUGAUGGACUUCAUGCCGAGAAACAAUUACCCGUUCAGAAAUUGAAAGCAAUGUUCGAUCGGAAAUCAUCACUCAAA